UCAUUUUACCUGCCGUUGUCACACACUAUUCUCUCCUUGCCCUGGAAUCUGAGGUAAGUUGGUAAGAAUGUAGAACUCCUAAAAUUACAUUCAUUGUCUCCAGGCAAUAACUGACCUCCCUGACACCACAUUGUGCCUCCUGACUGCAAUAGACUCUCUCUGAGGCAACGUAGAUAUAUUGCAUAUUGGAUCAGCGCUAUCAUCUUGGUCAAUAAGUGGUCUGAAAGGUUUCCCUAAGGCUGGCUGGCAUGCAGUGUGCAUCCAAAAAAGUUAUUCUUAUGGUUAUUCAUUAGAUUCUGUGUUUUCCUGACUCUCUCUGCAGAUUAAUAGUCCUCACGUUUCUUAAUGGAAACAGUUAACCAGACAUGGGUGAAAGAAUUUAUUCUCCUUGGCCUGUCCAGUGACUGGGACACUCAGGUGGCCCUCUUUGUCCUGUUCUUGGUCAUGUACCUGGUGACAGUGCUGGGGAACUUUCUCAUUGUUCUCCUGAUCAGACUGGACAGCCGACUCCACACUCCCAUGUAUUUCUUUCUCACCAACCUCUCCCUUGUUGAUGCCUCCUAUGCCACAAGCAUAGUCCCUCAGAUGCUGGUGCAUUUUCUUACAGAACAUAAAGCCAUCCCACUCCUGAGCUGUGCAGCCCAGUUAUUUUUCUCCCUGGCAUUGGGCGGGAUUGAGUUUGUUCUCCUGGCAGUGAUGGCCUAUGACCGCUAUGUGGCUGUGUGUGACCCCCUGAGAUACUCGGCCGUCAUGCAUGGAGGGCUGUGUACUAGGUUGGCCGUCACAUCCUGGGUCAGUGGCUCCAUCAACUCUCUCAUGCAGACUGGUAUUACCUUUCAGCUGCCCAUGUGCACCAACAAGUUUAUUGAUCACAUAUCCUGUGAGCUCCUCGCUGUGGUCAGGCUGGCUUGUGUGGACACCUCCUCCAAUGAGGUUGCCAUCAUGGUCUCUAGCAUUGUCCUUCUGAUGACACCCUUCUGCCUGGUUCUUUUGUCCUACAUCCGGAUCAUCUCCACCAUCCUGAAGAUCCAGUCCACAGAGGGAAGGAAGAAAGCCUUCCACACAUGUGCCUCUCACCUCACGGUGGUUGCCCUGUGCUAUGGCAUGGCCAUUUUCACUUACAUCCAGCCCCACUCCAGUCCCUCUGUCCUUCAGGAGAAGCUGAUCUCUCUGUUCUAUGCCAUUUUGACACCCAUGCUGAAUCCCAUGAUUUACAGUCUAAGGAAUAAAGAGGUGAAGGGGGCAUGGCAGAAACUAUUAGGGAAAUUCUCUGGGUUAACAUCAAAACUGGCAGCUUGAUGACUCAUGAACAUCACUGAGAGAAAGAGCUUUGCCUCAGUGUUCUCCACUCAACUCAGAUGUGACAGGCAUGAACCACAUUGCCCUGGCAACCAAGGAGGAGAUGGCAUGCCGUGUGCAGCUGACGCUACGUAGGAGGCUGAGUGGUGGUGUUAGGGUAUGGGAUGUGGGGGUAUUUGUAUGUCACAGCAGCAUGUUCAAUGACGCUAAAUACUGCUGUAAAUGAACUUCCCACACUUACUUAAUCUCCUAUUUUAUGGCCUGCCAAUAAUUGAACAAAAUAUAUUACUUACUGUUUUGGUUUGUCACAUUGUUUGUAAUCAUUGACCUAUUUAUGGAUUUUACCUGGACCACUGGUUCUUAGGCAUACACAUUUUAAAAAAGAUGUCUGCUGUUUCUAUUGGGAACAAAAUGUAUUUUAACAUUUAAGACUACUUAAAAUAUCAUGUGUAGUAUGAAGCCAUAUGCAUAAUUGUGUGAGUCAACACUCUAAGAAGAGCGUUGUUGUCAAGGCUGAGUAAGAUGUUUUUGCGAGAGGCCUACUGAAUAUGGACAUAAUGUCUUUCUCUGAGUGCUGGUUGUAAUUCAAUGGAGAAAUAUCAAUUAAAGGACUUGUUUUUAUCUGAAUAGUAUUACAAUUAAUGGUUGUUUGUACUGAAGACUAAUAUUGGCCAGAGAAAGUUAAGUUUCACACACUA